AUGGCGGCUCCCGUCCGGGCCCUCCCGCUCCCGUCGCCCGUCGCGUACCCCCGCAUGUCCUUGCGGGGCCGCAGCAGCUGCAGCCGGCGCCGCGCCCCCGGAGUUCGCGCGGCGGCGGCGGCGGAGGGUGCUUCGCGGGCGACGGAGCCCGUGGAGGUGGUCGGCGUAGGCAGCCGGAAGGACGCCGUCAUUGACUUCUGCCUGGGCUCACGCACGCUGUCCUCCACCCCCAUCCGCUUCUGGACAGUACAUGUGAUUGAUAAUUCUAAAGUUCAGUUAAUACAAAAAGGUCAUGGAACUGAUGCAGUGUUCAGAGACUUGGAACCUCCCUUAUUUCUUCAUCUGUGCCCGCCGGUGGUUAUUCUUGUUUCUAGUGUGGGACAAGAUGCUGAUCAUAUUACUGCAAUGGAGCUUCUUAGCGCUGUCAAAUCUGCUGGUAAUCUGGCUGCAUCAAUAUUUUUGAAGCCCUUCUGCUUUGAGGGACAAAGAAGGCAAGUAGAGGCAGCUGAUUUGAUUAGCAAACUUCAAACGUGCUCAAAAGUUUUUAGAGCUCUAAACUUUAGAUCUGGGGAUCCAAACAGGCUCUUAGUGAAAAACCAUUAUGAUGAAAGUGUUUCCACAGUACAAGAGGGCUUUCUUUCAAAUUUGGCCUUGCAUUUUCCUUUUAUAUCCUCUCUUAUGGGAGGAGAUAUCCCUGAGCAGAAACAAAUUAGGUCUAAGCAUUCCUUUAAUCAUCUGCCUGACAACAGAUCUAAUUCUGUAGAACAAGACGAAUUCUCACAACUUUCUAAUUGGUCAUCUGAUGCUACUGUUUCCAAAUUAUUUCCUGAAGAAUUUGAGGAUUUGGAAUCUGUGAGAGGCAGUAAUGACAGGAAUGAGAGAAUAAAGCCAGAAUCUCUGGAAGGUAAUUUGGCAGUUACUGGAGAAAUGAGCAAAGACGAUAACAGAGAGCAUUUAGUUUCACAGCAGGAACAUCGUUUCUUGAGCAACUCCCCUGGUUUUGAUAUUGCACAACUGUGGGCUAAACAGCAUGCGAUGGCAAGUGGAAGCAGUAAAAAUGAUAAGCUUGAUAUUGUCGCUCAUCCUGUUGGUGUAAAACUUAGCAAAGUUCAGUCUGAUCAUUCUCCAAAUACGCAGCCUGAAACUCUUGGUGCUGACACAACUGUUGCUACUGGACAUGCUGCCUUUGGAGUACCAUUUUCUGAUGUUCGUUUGGAGAAAGUAAUGGGCGUGUGUAGUUCUGCAGUCACAUUUCUGAGGAAUAGAAUGGAUAGGUCUCGAAAGCGUGGCUCAAACUCAAUAUCCAGCCGGGCUGCCCUGAUGCUCGAUGCAGAAAGAGAACCAGAAAAGACAUGGAGCCCCAUAGUUGAAAUAUGUUAUGGAGGGGGAACUUAUAGAGGUAGAUGCCAAGAAGGUGUCCCUGAAGGAAAGGGACGUCUAACCUUCAGUGAUGGAAGCUUUUAUGAUGGACUCUGGAGGUAUGGUAAGAGAUCUGGUUUGGGGACUCUAUUUCACAGUAACGGUGAUGUAUAUCAUGGGACAUGGAGGGAUGACCUUAUUCAUGGAAAGAUAUUUCUAAAACUUCGCUUCUCACAUGGUAGGGGGUUACGCUUCAAAAUCUCAGAUGUUGCAAGGCACUCUGUUUGGCAUGCAGUGCAGUUGGUUCACGGCUUGGAUGAUCGGAAUCAGAUGAAUGCUAAUGGAACCCUGAAGCUUAGGAGCUCAAGUGCUACCCGCCUUCUUGAUCUGGACGGUACGAGCAUCUACCACAUUCAUUCCAUCCACUGUCUUGCUGUUCCAAAAUCUGAGUAA